AUGAGUCGACAACCAAACCCAUUCAACAAUGCAAACUUCUGGGAUUUCAUUCAGCACUUUGAUCCCAACCAAGCAACUGGACGGGGAGUAGAUCACCAGACUGAGACUCCGUUUCCCUCUUUCAUGGCCGGUUUCCCCUUUGGUUCGCCAGCUGGCCCUCACCCUCCUCACCCUCCUCACCCUCCUCAUCCCCAUGGGCAUGGACAUGGCCCACGAGGACGACCUCCUCCACCCCCCGAGGCUGACGGUUUCGUCUGGGGUCCUUGGUUCGCUGGUGAAGGUGCUCCCGACAGUCGAACCCAUGACGAGCAACGCCAGCAGGCAAACGAGGCUCAGCAAGCUGCCAGAGGUGAAAGCCACGAGUCUGACGAGACCAUGAACGUCCCUGACCCCGAAGAAGUUGCUCCUGAGGAGAGUCAGUGCGGAGCUCGGCCUGAAUGGGCCGGGCGAGGUCGUGGCCGUGGCCGUGGCCGUGGAGGCCCUCGAUGCGGUCGAGGUCGAGGCCGCGGUGGCUUCCCUCACGGUCCUCACCAUGGUCCUCAUCACGGCCCCCAUCCUCCCCCUCCCCCCUAUGGUGGCCCCUUUGACCUUGCUGGUCUCUUCCGCGGAUGGGGCAACCAUCCUUUCGUUCGCAACAUGCGCGAGCAGUUCCAGGAGAACCAGAACCAGAACCAGGAGCAAAACACCAAUGACUCAUCCGACUCCUCCUUCAACCCACCUAUCGACAUCUUCAACACCGAGAAGUCAUAUGUCAUUCACGUCGCCCUCCCCGGCGCAAAGAAAGAGGAUAUUGGUCUGAACUGGGAUGGCGACCGCAACCUUCUCAAGAUCGCAGGCGUCGUUCACCGCCCUGGCGAUGAAGCCUUCCUCAGCACUCUCACCUCUGGCGAGCGCAAGGUCGGUAUGUUUGAACGCAACGUAGCUCUGCCGCCCACUGGAGCAGAUGAGCGCGACGAGGUUGAUGGUCUGGGUAUCACCGCCAAGAUGGAGGAUGGUGUCUUGGCCAUUACUGUGCCCAAGGCUGAGAAAGAGUGGACUGAGAUCCACAAGAUUGAUAUUGAGUAA